AUGGCGCACGGUGAAGUACAAUUACAACCACCAGAUUCACAGAAGCUAAGCGACUCCGCUCCCUUAUUAGGAACCUCUCCAUCAUCAUCAUCUUCUUCUCCGGCGUCUCCCACCGUCGCUUCAAGUUCCGAUCACGAGAUAAACGCCGAAGAAGAUGAUCUAGAGAGCGGCGGUUCAGCUUCAUCUCCGUGCUGCCGUAUCUGUCUAGAGAACGAUAGCGAUUCGCUAGGAGACGAAUUGAUAUCGCCGUGUAUGUGCAAAGGCACACAGCAAUUCGUGCAUCGCUCGUGUCUCGAUCAUUGGCGAUCGGUUAAGGAAGGGUUCGCCUUCUCUCAUUGCACUACUUGCAAAGCUCAGUUUCAUCUCCGUGUUGAGCCUUUUGAGGAUAACAACACGUGGCGGAGGAAAGCGAAGUUCAGAUUGUUUGUUGCUAGGGAUGUGCUUUUGGUAUUUGUAGCUGUGCAGACUGUUAUUGCUGUGAUGGCUGGAUUUGCAUACGUGAUGGAUAAAGACGGAGAGUUUCGCAACUCUUUCAACGAUGAUUGGGAUCGUAUUCUGUCCAAACAUCCCAUCCCCUUCUACUAUUGCAUCGGGGUUGUAACCUUCUUUGUACUGAUUGGCUUUCUCGGACUCAUCCUACACUGCUCUUCUCUAAACGGUAAUGAUCCGAGGAUGGAUGGGUGUCAGAACUGCUGUUACGGAUGGGGAAUCUUGGAUUGUUUCCCUGCAUCAAUGGAAGCUUGUUUCGCUCUUGUGAUUGUCUUUGUUGUUGUUUUCGCUAUUCUUGGUUUAGCGUAUGGGUUUCUUGCCGCGACUAUGGCUAUUCAAAGGAUAUGGCAGAGACAUUACCAUAUUCUCACUAAGCGAGAGCUCACAAAGGAGUACAUUGUGGAGGAUCUACACGGGUGUUACACUCCCCCGAAGCUGGAUGCAGAGCAUGAAGCAAGACUGAAGAUGUUGAAACUUAUGUGA